UUAUUUUCGCUGCGGGUCGGCUUGUUCCCAAUCUUUGCGACAAAUUCCAUGUUCGGCCGUUAGAAGCCGCCUUCACGCCGGUCCCACCGCAGCGAGCAGCAAACCCACUUACUGACUGGCUUCCAUCGCAAGCCGUCGGUAUUCAUGGGCUGAGAUGAGCAGGUGCCGCGUCCUGGUGGGCUUGGCCGCCGAGCGCGCUCCACUGUCCUCACUCGUUUCCCGGCGCGGUCAUGGCUCCUCCGGCCCGGCAGACGCCGUGAAGCUGUCCCUGACCGUGACCAGUCAACCGCCUUCAGUUUACCCUUGGACGUCCAGCCCCAACGCGCCCUCCUGCCGUCCAACCCUCUUACGUCGACCCUUCCACACCACCUCGCCAGCAUCCCAGCGCCACCGCCGCCCGCGGACCUUCCACCUCACCGACCCUCAACCCCCCACAACCCACCCUCACUCAUCCGCAUCCCCCUCAAAGGAGGAUACUACCACCGAACCGACACUCCCCCUCCCCGAACAGUUCCGCACCGUCAUGCGCCUCCUCACCCACUCCGUGGUAGUCUGCACCGCAACACACCCGUCCUCCUCCGCCUGCCAUCCUCCGAUCCCGCGCGCAAUGACCAUGUCCUCCUUCACCUCCCUCGCGCUGCGCCCGACGCCCGUGGUCAGCUUCAACAUUGCCGUGCCGAGCCGGACCCUGGACGCCGUGGCGGCCAGUGGGCGGUUCAAUAUCCAUGUUCUUGCGGACGACGAGGCCGGGGCCAAGGUGGCGGAUUGGUUUGCGGGGGGAAACGCAGAGGGGAGGGAGGUUUUUGAAAAGCUGGUUCAGGGCGGCGGGGUGGAGCGGGUUCGCUUCAUGCCUGGCUCCGCUUCUGCGGAGGACCGGGUGGCUAGGGGGAAUGAGGCGCCGGUUUUGGAGGGGCGUGGUGUGCUAUAUGUGUUGAAGUGUCGGUUACUGGUUGAUGAGCCGUCUCACGGUUUGGUCAAGGUAAGGGAUCACUUUAUUGUCCUUGGGGAAGUGUUGAAGAUAGAGGAUGGGUCUGAGGCUGAAAGGGAGGCUGAGGAGAGGUUUGGGCUGCUGUAUGUGGACAGACGGUACAGGCAACUGGGCGAUUGCAUAACACCUAUUGAGAAGGAAGCGAAAGGGGCGAUAGACCGGGAGUAGAGGGGAUCAGUCGGCUUGUACACUGCUGCGUGUGAUUUUGCUGGGGUUAUAUGGCAGCGGCGUUAGGGGACAUUGCUAAAGCACCUAGACAUGUACGAAUAUGGCAGCAUUCAUACUGGGCGACAUUUUAGACG